GCUUCUUCAUCCUGCAGCGCGCAAUCCAGUCGCACGCAGACGAAGCUGCUGCUCGGUUCAGAAAAUGGCCGACAGGUUUUCUAGGUUCAACGAAGAGCGUGAUUUCCAGGGUGGGAAUCACUUUGACCAUUAUGAAGAGGGCCAGUUGGAGCUGGAGCAGGCGUCCUUGGACAAGCCCAUCGAAUCGGAUAACAUCGGACACAAGCUGCUUCAGAAACAUGGCUGGAAGUUGGGGCAAGGUCUUGGCAAAACCAUGCAGGGACGCACCGACCCUGUGCCGAUCACCCUCAAAUAUGAUGUCAUGGGGAUGGGACGGAUGGAGAUGGAGCUGGACUAUGCAGAGGACGCCACAGAGAAGAGAAGAGUGCUCGAAGUGGAGAAGGAGGACACAGAAGAGCUGCGGCAAAAAUACAAGGACCAGGUGGAAAAGGAGAAAGCCAUCGCAAAGGCUCUGGAAGACCUGAGAGCCAAUUUCUACUGUGAGCUAUGUGACAAACAGUACACCAAACACCAGGAGUUUGACAACCACAUUAACUCUUAUGACCACGCUCACAAGCAGCGGCUUAAAGAGCUCAAGCAGAGAGAGUUCGCUCGUAAUGUUUCAUCCCGUACACGGAAAGGUGGGAAGAAGCACGAAAAGAUGCUGCGCCGACUGCAUGAGCUGGCUGAGCAGAGGAAACAACAGGACCGUACUCCAGGAAGUGGGCCCAUGUUCAAACCUACCACAGUGGCUGUGGAUGGAGAGAAGUCAGAAGAUGGCGACCUGACGCCUGAGAACACGCCUUUACCGGACUAUGUCCUGGAAGGAUCACUGCCAGAUAAAAGUGUGGAAACCUCCCCGAAGCCGAGUCCAACCAUCAGCUUCUCUCUUGGGAAGAACAGCGCCACCUCCCCAACAUCCAGUGGAGCGUCCAAAGUCAGCGUGUCCUUCUCUUUUGCCAAGAAAGCCCCGGUAAAGCUGGAGACGGUGGCUGCAGUGUUCGCUGAUCAUGGAGAGGAAGCAAUGGAGGAAGAGGAGGGCCAGGAGGGAGAAAAGGCUGGAGGGCAAGAGGAGACGUCUAACAGCAGCACAAACAGCCUCAAGGAAGGAUCAGGAGGAGGCGAAGGAGGAGAGAGCGCUAUUGUGGCAGCGCCGGAAGAGGUGGUGCAGCAGCAGCAGCAGCAGCCAGAUGACGGAGCCUCUUUAGCCUCCACUCUCAACAAACUAAAGAUGAUGAUGAAAAAAGAGGAAGGAUAUGCCGGACAGGAGCCUGAGUACUAUCACUACAUACCGCCGGCUCACUGCCGGGUGAAACCUCACUUCCAGUUUCUGCUGUUCAUGAAGGCAACUGAUCAGUGUCUUAUCAAAGUAGAGGAAGACGAGGAAGAGGAGCAGCAGCAGCAAGAUGAGGAGGAGGAGGUGGUGGAGGAGGAGCAGAAGAAGAAGGUCAAAGAUAGUCCUGAACAGAUGGAGCCCGAAGUCACAGAGCGCACGACUGAAAAAGAACAAGAUAAUGUUGCUUCAUCCCCGGAGCCAGAGCCAGCUCCUCCGUCACCUAAAGCGAAGACGGAGGACGUCUCUUCAAUGGAAGCAGAAGCAGCUCCCAUUGUACCGGCUUCCCCCACACAAAAAGCAGAGAGCACACAGGACACUCUUGAUUCUAACUCGGGUCCUAAAAUCCCCACAGGUCCCUUCUUCCCAGUUCUGAGCAAAGAUGAGAGCACCACCCUGCAGUGGCCCUCUGAGCUCCUCGAAUUCACAAAAGCCCAGCCCUCCCUCUCUUACAGCUGUAAUCCCCUCUACUUUGACUUCAAGCUGUCCCGCAACAAAGGAGUGCGUGGUGGGAAAGCGGCAAAGUCCGCAAAGCCUUGUGAAGAAUCUGAUGACAAGGGGAAAGAGUUGGCUGCCUCGACAGCUGAAGUAGACAAGACUAAUAAACCCGGGACCAGCAGUGACAAAGACAAGCCAAUGGUGACGGGAGAGCCCGGCCAACCAGAAAGUGAGGAGCAAAAGCUUGCAACUGGCAGCAGUAGCACCAAGAAGAAAAAGAAGAAGAAGAAGCAUAAGAAGUCUGCAAAACGCUCCAAACGCAAAGGAAAAGACAAGGGAGCAAAAGACGAUGUGGAGGGCGAGACUGAGGCCACGCAAGAGAAGCCCAAGAAGAAGAAGAAACACAAACGGAAGAAGAGCAAAAACAAGGCUCCGGAUCCAGAUGAGGCAGCAGGUGGCGAAAAGGAAAAAGAGAAACCAAAGUCCGAAGAUAAAGCCGUCGCCUCCUCCGUUACGCUGACAACAGGAGGGGGAGGGGCUACGGGAAAUACAGGCGUAGAGUUGGGGAAGAGGAAACGUUCUACUAAGGAAGUGCCUUCCAAGUCUGGAGCAGAGGAAGGAGGAGCCGGAAAGAGCGCUGACAAGGUCAACUCCUCAGAGGAGCACAGUGCCUCCAAGCGACAAAAGACGGACUCCAGUGCUCCUCAAAGUGCCUCCUGCUCCACCUCCGCCCAAAAGAGUCCCGGUCCUGGUAGACCUCCCAGCAGCGAGAGUGAGGAAGAAGGGGGCUCUAACACUCAGCGCUCACGCCAUCACAGGUCAAGUCCUCGGGAGCAGCGCCGCCACCACAGCGAGGAAUCACGACGGUCCUGCAGCCGCUCCUCGAGACGUGGGGAUAGGCGGGGCAGCAGUCGGCACCGCCAUCGUGGCAAGACCUCCCGUAGUCACUCGUACUCCAGCAGCUCUGAGCGCUCCUCAGCGGGCAGCAGCGCCUACAGCCACCGCAGCCGGAGCUACUCGGACAGCUACAGCGACUACAGCAAAGAGGGCCGCAGACGGAGGCGCUCCAAACGUUCGUCAGAGUCCGAGUACGAGCGGAGGGGAAGCCGAGGACGGAGACGAUCCAGGAGACACCAGUACUCCUCUUCCUCCUCAGAGGACUCCCGCUCACGCUCACGCAGCUACAGCCGCAGGAAGAGGCACCGGCGGCACCAUCGGAGCAGCUCGAGGAGCUCCAGCAGCUGGAGCCGCAGCACCAGCGCCAGAUCCUGGAGGCGCAGCUACAGCCGCAGCCACAGCUCGGCCAGCCGCUCCUCCAGCUCCACCAAAGGCUCCUCUCGCCGCCGGGCCCCCAGGGCUCGGGUUGACACCGACGCACAGCGCAGAGACUUUAACCGCUCUUGCGUCUACCGCUCCCAGUCCCCGCGGUCAUCAUCGUCACGAGGCCUUAACCGCAACGCUCACUCGUCCAGCUCGCAGUCUCUGAGGCUAGGGGGGUCACGGGAUGCGGGGGAACAGAAAAACAGCCUCACUGCUCGCCAGCUGCUGGAGAAGGUUCAGUCCAAGAAAAGCUCUGAUGAUUCUACCACAGGAACAAAAUCUGGGAUUAAGAUCAAGGACCCACCACAGGGAUACUUUGGUCCCAAACUACCGCCGACCCUGGGAAGCAAAGCCAUGCUGCCGCUGUUUGGAAAGCUGCAGGCCGGGAAGAAACCCAUGAUUCCUCUGACCAGACCUGAUGAGGGUGAGAAGUCAGGAGCAGGAAAGUGCUCUGAGGCGGAGGUGAUCCUGGUGGAGCCCAUCAGGGAGUUCCCCCCUCCACCGCCACCUCCAGCUCCACUGGUCCAGAAGGUCGAGGAGGCCCCACAGAUCACAGUGGUGCCAGAGGAGACCCCACAUCCCACCACAGAAGCCCAGGUGCACCAAGAACCCCGGCCGUUGUACGAACAGGACCCCACCAUGACGAUGCCCCAGUACCAAGGAGAACCGGGACAGGACCCCUCUCAGAAUCCCAUGAUGGACUCCCUCAUGAUGGAAAUGCAGCAGCCGCCCAUGCAUGCCUACCCGGCUUACCCUCCGCCCAGCCUGGAGGAGGAGUGCAUGGAGGCGGAGGAGGACGGCCUGGCUCCUUUAGAGAGUCAGCCCAUCACGUUCACCCCCGAGGAAAUGGAGAAGUACAGCAAGCUGCAACAGGCCGCCCAGCAGCACAUCCAGCAGCAGCUCAUGGCCAAGCAGGUCAAGACGUUUCCCUCCGCCGCCGCCGCCGCUGCAGCCGCCGCCGCCGCUGCAGCCGCCAACAUGGCCCCGGCCCCCCCGCAGGCCAUGCAGCAGAUCCACAUCCAGCAGCCCACCGUGUCCAUGGCCUCCGGCACGUCAAUCACCACGGUGCAACACGCCAUCCUGCAGCACCACGCCGCCACCGCCGCGGCCAUGGGACUGCACCCGGCACAUGCCCACCACCCGCACCCUGCACAUGCCCAGUUGGCCCAGGUACACCACAUUCCCCAGCACCACCUUACCCCCAUCUCCCUGUCUCAUUUGGGCCACUCCCUCAGCCACUCUCUGGGACACUCACUAGGACACGCCGGGCUGAUUCCUGCCCACCACACCGCCUUCCUCUCCGGUCAGCCCAUCCAUAUUAUCCCAGCGUCUGCACUUCACCACACUCCCUUAGCUCUCCACCACGUCCCACACGCCCUCUACCCCACACUGUUCGCACCCCGGCCCUCGCAGGCUGCUGCAGCGGCAGCUCUCCAACUCCACCCACUGCUACACCCAAUCUUCUCAGGGCAGGACCUCCAGCACCCGCCUAACCAUGGCUCCUGAGUAUUGGUACAAGUGAAGGAGUACGGUCUCGGCACCCAACCACUGGAAGAAAGACUGGACCUGAACCCGGCUUGGUUCAGGACUUUAAGAUGAAGAAGUCUUUGCAGCGACACGCCGGCAGCGAGACAGGAAGCUGUCGAUAAACGACCCUUUUACCGGCCAACACAGUGCAGAAGUUGUAGCCACAAAGUGGUGCUGCCUGUGUGGGGUUCAAAAUUAGCAUUAACAUUUUUUUUCUGGCUCGUGACACUUUUUUUUUUUUUUUUUUUUUGCUCUUCAUGUUUUGCCCCAAGUUUCAAAACUGGAGGGGUAGAUUUAGAAAGACUUCCUCAAGUCAUUGGUUUCUAUUCCAGCUUGAGGUACAUUAACCACACCCAUUUAUGUUACGAUAAAUUAGAGAAACCACUGGAGUUAUUUACUGUUUUCCUUAUACAAAAUAUUCAUAAUUUUUGGUUCAUUUUGGCAGCCAAAGAGACGUAAUGGCUGCAGGUAUAGGCCGAAUCAUGUUGAGGAGGACGUGGUAGGUGAACAGCUUCGACUCUGUAUCGUAACCUUCAGAGACGUACUUAUAUUUACUGAUAUUCUUUAUGUUUUCAUAUGACUACUUGCUCUCUAUUGGCUCCUUGGUCUCAAAUACUUUGUAACGCAGUAACUUGUACAUAUAUCAGUGUGUAAUGUGAAGAAUCCCACGUAUGAUGAACAUAUGAAAUUACAGCUACGGUGUCCAAAUCGGUAUGACAUAAGAACGCCCUCUCUCUCUGGUCUCGGGGGGGAAAUGUGACGUGGGGGGUUUGAACAUCCCUGAUGCUCUGAGGUUAAGCUCAUGUUCCCUGUGGUGAGGGUGCACCUGAAUAAAUUGCACUGAAAAUCUGUACAUCCAGAUGGUGCGUUUGCAUCAUGUAACAAUAAGAUUGUAGUAUACUGCAAUAAUUGUAUUUUUCUGUUUUUAAAUUAUUUUCCAGAAUGCUCUUCAAAAUGAGAGCUGUGUUUUUGCUUUUGUGUAAUUUUGUAAAUAAAACUGCUGUAGAUUAACCCAUUAACAUUCUAGAGGUUUUGGUAUUGGCAAAAAAAAAAAAAGCAGAAUGACGAGAUGGAUGGAAGGCGGUCAAGUGUUCGUAUUUUAUCAAGUUUGUUUCUAAGUGAGCCCGCUUAAGAUGGGCUGGGAGAAAAGGAUAGGGAUCUGUCAAACAGUAGCAACUCUGUAUUUUUUAAGAACUUACUGUUUCAGUAAAUAAAAUCUUGAGUUCA